AGUCGGGGCUGUGCUUGGCUCGGUUCGAUUUUAAAAUUAAUAUUUAAAUUUUAAUAAAUAUAUAUAUGGAUAUUAAUUUUUGAGAUGAAGACAAAUUAUCAUAUGAUUUCAUGAUAAAAGUCUUGUUGGUAUGCAAAAUGCAAAAAAAAAAAAAAAAAAAAAAACCGGGUUGGCACUGCACGGAUUUAUUUCAAACUGGGUCGUGUGGCAAAAGUCAGUAAUAUAGGGGUGUUUUUCAAUAUAGUUGUCAAAUAUUGUACUUUUAUAUUAUCGAAUCUGGGGUGACCUAUUCGGGUCGGGUUAGAUCCAUUCCUGUUCCAUGUGGUCAAAAAACGACAUCGUUUUUGUGCUGGGAGAACUACAAACCAAACUUCACAAAUGAUUUGUGAGUUUGAUGAGUAUCAACGGCUGGGAUGAACCCAUAAGGUCCGUGUGGGUCACACGACAAGCACGUGCGUAUAUACAAAUUGGUAUAAUAUGCGUCCAUGCGGUUACGUUUAUACAAAUGCGGGAAGAGCACCGACCAUGAGGCAUCCAGGACCAGAAUUACCGUUCCAGCAGCCUCUGUUGGGCGAACCGUCUUCAUCCUCUCAACCGAAACCUCCGGAAUACGUCGUUGAGCUACCGACUUACCCCGCGCCGCACCAGCAUCUUCUCCUCCGUAAGCCAUGCCGCCGCUGCCUGUUCUGCCUCGCCGUUCUGCUCAUUUACGUCGUCGCCGGCGGCUACCUUUUGUGGCCGUCGGAUCCUGAGCUGUCCGUCGUCCGCCUCCGCCUCGAUCGGUUGCGCUUCCACACCGAUCCUAAAGUAUCUGUCGACGCAACCGUGGAUCUCACCGUUAGGGUUCGGAAUCGAGAUUUCUACUCCAUGGACUACGAUUCGUUGGUGGUUGCGGUGGAGUACAGGGGGGAGAGACUAGGUUUUGUGACGUCGGACGGCGGUCGAAUCGAGAGGCGUAGAUCUUCGUACGUCAACGCGACGCUCCAGCUCGAUGGAGUCGCGAUUUUGACCGAUGCUUAUUGGUUGAUUGAGGAUUUGGAGAGAGGCGCGGUCACGCUCGAAACGGUGUCGGAGAUUACGGGGAAGCUCGGGGUCCUCGUCUUCGACCUGCCGCUGAAGACAAAAAUGCAAUGUGAAGUGAGUGUAGAUACGGAAAGCAGGAAAAUUCAUAGGCAAUCUUGCUACCCCGAGAUUACUCCUUCCACAUAAUUAUUCCUUGAGCAAUGAACAGAGCAGCUGAUGAGUUUCAAUGCAUAUUUUGUUCCUAUAUUCAAAGGCAAUCUUGCUCCCCCGAGGUAAGGCUUGAAACACUAUUGUAUAUGCAUGACUCUUGCUUUUAAUUAAUUCCUUGAUCAUGUUUGUCAGCUUUGUGUAUCUUUAGUUUCCUGCACACACUAUUCCUUGAGCAAUGAUCACAGCAGCUGAUGAGUUUGGAUGCAGUUUUUGUUCCUAUAUCCACUAUGCAGCCACUUCUGUAGUAAGAAUUCCAGGUGAGUAAAAUCCGUUGCUACUUUGAAUUAUAAACCAGAUUACCAUGGCCUUUCUAUAGUAUAAUUAGCCUAUAAGAUGAAAGGGUUGGGAAUUCUUAAGCUCCUCUUCUUCCCCACCCUCACCUUACUAACGAAAAUCCAAAGCUAUACAUGCAUAUAUUAAUUUAUAUGCUGUUAACAUUUAUUUAAUAAAUUAGCUUUAUUUGUUGCAAGAUUAUAAUACACAUGCUAUCUAUUGCUUGUAGUUUGAAUAAAUUUAUUAAUAUGUAUAUAUGCCUUUUUUAAAUUAAUAAUCAGUCUUGUGCUGGUAACACAUAGAAUAUAGGCUAUGAGCAAAUGAAUACGUGCAUGUGUUGUGUUAGAUUUUUACAAUGCUCCGCCAAUUUAUAUAUGGUAUUUGGAUUAUGUUAGCUAGUACAAUGUAUUGUCUGUUUAUAUUUCAUAUUUUUUUCUAAUUAUAUUCAUGUGUUGUUAGCGCUUAUGUACAUACAUACAUAUUGGGAACCUUGUGAUUGUUGUCUUUUAUCAUUGUUUCUAUUGUUUUA